AUACAUGUGUGCUGAGAGCACGCACCAUGCUUGCUCCCAGCACAUAUGUCCGCUACUCCCGGAAAGGUCCCGAUCUUCCCUUUCGAUCGGGACCUUUUCCGAUCAUGUGACUGCAAAUCACGGCGGUCACAUGACCCUAAAACCCUGCCCCGCCUCCCGGCUUCUGAAACUCUUAAAGGGCCGGGAGGUGCCGGCACCAAGAGGUUAAGGCACAAAGUAAAAAUAAUUUUUUUUGUUUUUCUGCAAAACUUUCGGUCUUUUUUAUUUAUAUAAUAAAAAAAAGCCCAGUGAUGAUCAAAUACCACCAAAAGAAAGCAAUUUUUGUGUGAAAAAAAUUA